AUGUCAAAAAUAAGUGUGGGCGAGAAUGAUUUCAGACUUCAACUGGCUAACCGGGGACAGCGAGACGAGUUAUCACUGCUAAACUUUGAAUCUUCGUCGUUUCUCCUUAUUAAUCCUUUGUCGAUGAACUGUCACCAGUUCCUUUCCUCUUCAGCUUACCUGAUGCCAGCUACCAGUCCAUUCACCGAAAGGGAUCCAGACAGCAUCAUGACGGUGGCCCAGUCUGAGGGCGUCCGUGGCUCCAGGACACCCUUCUCGUUACUCCAGCAGUCACUGGAACCAUAUCAUGUUAUUGGAAUUAAUGCAAACUUUCUAGCCAGGUUGUCAUUAGUAAAAUUGCUAGGCCUUUGGCAGAGGUUGAAAUUUAGUAAAAUUUCUAGGCUUUUGGCAGAGGUUGAAAUUAUUAGGUUGGACUUCAGGUUCAAAAGCAAGAGAAUCAUGUCAGCUCUGGAGAGUGGAGUUUGUAGUUUGACACUGGUAAGAAAAUGGAGCGUUCCAUUAGCAACAGCCGUUGCCGCGCCAAUCUUCACUCCAGUCGUCCUCGCGGAGUCAGAUAAGAAGGACACAGAAGCAGCUUCUUCUCGUUUGGUUCGACCCUCUGAUCUGCCCAUCUACGAAUCCCCAGAUGAAGUCCUGGACUUCGAAUAUCAUGGGCGGGAGAGGACGGCCCUGGAGGAAAACAUUGGCGUCGUGAGGAAGGAAGUGGAAGGCGUCAUCGAUGCAACACGGGCCACCAGGGAGAAAAUAGUGUAUGUUUGUGAGACUGGCAAGGCUCAUACCAUGGAAAUACUUUAUUGUGGUGUCUGUUGUAUAGAACCUGUAACUUGUCCCGUGUUAAAAGAUGUGUGUGUUUGUCCCAUAGCCACAGUGGAUAUGCUGAAAGAACUUAAACCAUCACCAGGUACCUUCAGUGAAAAUGCCAUACAGGGGCUGAAAAAAGGUGUUAAGUACAUACCUCCAAACUUUUGCUUGUUUUUGUGGUUCAGCCUUUAUAAUGCAGCCAGAUCUACUGUUGACUACAUAACAGAUGAAGAGAAUGUGUUGCCCCGUGCCGGAGCAAUCACUGUGGGCGGCCUGACUGGUCUGGUCAUUGGUAGGAAAGGAGGGUUCUUGAGGAAGGUGCUCUACACCUCAGCUGGUGCACUGACUGCUGCUUCUCUCUGCUACCCUCGCCAUGCUUACCAGCUUUCUCAGAAGGUAUUUGAGAAUGCAAAGGACGUCGGUACUAUCGGCUAUAAUUUUGUUGCUGGAGUGAAACCCCAAAACAAAAUUCCAAGUGCCCCAGCUGAGCCCUCCAAAGAAGAACCUCCAGCAGUUAUACCAGAUGCCACUCCAGCACCAGAAGCAGCACCUGGAACAGAACUUGAAAGUGGAGAGGUAAGGAAAGUAAUACCUGAGGAUGUCAAUGUGGAAGAUUUCCUUUCCCCUCUUGACACUGUAGCUCAGCAAUCAAGCGAUGUAACAAUGUGGGGAUUUAGACUAACGGACAAAGCCAGUAAAGAGCCAGGUGUCAAGGAGAGUGAGGCUCCUCCUACCUCAAAGUCUUCUGUACCAGAAGGCUUUGGUACGGUUUCCGAAGCCCAGGAGCCUCAAGUUGCUCCCAGUUCUGAACAAGUAGAAGUGAAAGAGGAGCUGGAUGAUGUACCUGCCAGUGCUGAGGCAAAAGAACCUGAAGUGGCACCAGAAGUGACACUAGAAUUGGAAAAGACAAAAGACACUGAAGCUUUGCACAUAACAGAGGAACCCAAGGAUAUAGUAGUGGCACCUGCAGUAACAGAAAUAACACCUGUCUUAACAGAACCUGAGCUUGAAGUAACCCCAGCUUUAAAAGAACUUGUGCUAGAUGUAACCCCUGCUGUAGGAGAACCUGACCUAGAAUCUAAACCUGCUGAAACAGAGCCUGAGCUAGAAGUGAAACCUGCUGAAAUAGAAUUAGUGUCUGAAGUAAAACCCACUGAGCCAGAAGUGAAACCCAUUGAAAUGGAGCCUGAACCAGAAGUGAAACCUGCUGAAAUAGUUCCUGAGCCAGAAGUGAAACCUACAGAAACUGUGCUUGAGCCUGAAGUAAAACCUGCUGAAACUGUGCUUGAACCAGAAGUAAAACCUGCUGAAACUGUGCUUGAACCAGAAGUGAAACCUGCUGAAACUGUGCCUGAACCAGAAGUGAAACCUACAGAAACUGUGCUUGAGCCUGAAGUAAAACCUGCUGAAACUGUGCUUGAACCAGAAGUGAAACCUGCUGAAACUGUGCCUGAACCAGAAGUGAAACCUGUUGAAACUGUGCCUGAGCCUGAAGUGAAACCUACAGAAACUCUGCCAGAGACAGAAGCACCAUCAGACCCUGAAGUAAAGGGAAAAGCAGAUGCAAGGGAGGCUGAGGCGGCACCCAGCGAUGACAGUAUUCGGAAAGUAGGUCUGGUGAAUAAAAUUAUCCAGUACUUUUCCAAGGAGAAAGAACCUCUAAAAGAGAUUGUAGUCGAGGGUGGAGAAAAAGUAGAAGAAAAGAUUGCAGAAGCAGUCAGUGAGGCAGCAGAAUUCGUCGAGAAAGGAGCAGAUAAAGUUAUUGAAGACGCAGAGGUUGUUGAAGAGAUCGGAGAAAAGGUGGAAUCUGCAGUACAGGUUGUAGAAGAGGUUGCAGGUGCCGCUGCCAAAGCCGCUCAUGAUACUCCUGGUAUUCCUGAAUCUGUUGCAGAGAAAGCUGAAGAGACAAAGGAAAUUGCUGAAAAGGUGGAAGAGGUCAUUGGCACAGUAGAGUUUAUUGCAGAAAAGGUUGAGGAAGUUGCAGAGGAGAUUAAAAAAGAAGCAGAGGCUGUUGAAAGUAAAGCGGUUGAACUGAUAGAGAGCAAGGAAAAGAGAGAAGAACUCAUAGAAAAAGCCAUUGAUUAUGUGACUGGUAAGACACAUGAGGAAUUGGAGGGUGUAGAAAUCAAGAAACCGGAAGCAGCACUUGUAGAAGAACCUGUGGCAGUUGCAGAUGCCAAAGAACCUGAAGUGACAUCCGUUGAAGAAGGAAAGCAAGGAGCAAGGGAGCCAGAAGUGCCAGCACCUGAGGGAAUGGAAGUUCAAGAAAAACUUUCUGCUGUAACUGAAGAAAAAGAAGCAACAGUGGCACCAAUUGAAGAACUGAAGGAGGCUGAAGUAACCACAGAGAAGAGUGCUGAAAAGAUUGGUUUGGUUGAUAAACUAAUCCAGAUUUUCUCCAGUGAGGAUGAAAAACAGGGUGAUGAAAACCUAUCCUUAGAACCAGGAGUAAAGGAAGCUGUUGCUGAAGUUGGAGACAAAGUGGAGGAAGAAGUUACAAAAGGGGAAAAGCCAAGAAGUGGAGAAGGAUGCAGCAGAUGUAUCUAAAGCAGCAGACAUUGUGAAAGAAGAAGUGAGCACAGAGGAACCUGCAGUGGCACCAGUUGUUGAAGUCGCACAGUCUGAAAUACUUUGUAACGGAAGAACAGCAGCCACAAUCAGCACCUAUUACAGAAGAAAAAGAACCAACAUUGAUUCGUGAUGAAAAGACACAAAAAGAGAGAGUAGGUUUAGUUGAUAAAAUAUUGCAGUUCUUCUCCAGU